UUUAUUUAUUUAGUAAUUUUUAUUUAUAUUAUAUUUCUUGCUUUGUUUUUAUAGGAAUCGGCUUCCAAUAUCUCAACUAAACAAGAAUAACAUGACUUAAUGUUGUACUUAAUUUAUCUGUUGUUACUCUUGUAACCUAGAGCUCACUUGUAGGUGCUGUCAUGAUAUGUUAUAUAUUAUGCAUCUUUUAAAUUGUGAUUGAUGAAUCUCAAUAAUUAACUUUAAAUCAUUAUGAUUUUUGUGUUCGUGUUAGUUUGAAUUUAAACUUAAUAAGUUAUGUGAUUUAAUAUUUUAACGAACGCUACUAUCUAGAUUUCUUUCUCAUGUUAUCUGCUUUAUUGGUCCUAUAUCGAUUCCUAACAGGAUGGGAUAUAAGAUAUAAAUUCAAUCUUAGCCAUUUCCUAAAACAAAACACGAGAAAAGAAUAUAACAAAACUAAGUGUGCAUUUGGAUUUGAUUACGUUUACAUUCCAAAAGUAAAUUUUAACUUUUUGAAUGUAAAAUGUUGUUUGGCUUUCUUUUUUUAGACAAGAUGUACUUUUUAAACUGACUUUCAAAUACGUUUGAAAUGGAAAAAUUUGCAAAGCUACUCCCAGUUGCUUCCAAAACGUGAUCAGUUGGAUGGACAUUUAUUGCUGGUACCUAAUUUGUUUAUUGACCAUGAUGCCCCUCACUUUUGCAGCUGAUACAUAUCACGCAUACUCUCCUCUCGUGGUCCUCAUUUGUGCAGCUGAUACAUCAGUGUUCUUCGUCCUUUGCCGCUACUCUGUGUCCGCCGAUCGUCCGCCGUUAGUCCGCCACUCGUCUGCUGCUAGUCCACCGUUUGGCCAUCUCUUCUCCUUCUCUCCUUCGCCUCUCCUCCACCAUCACAGAUCCGGAUCUCUUCCUUCCCUAAGCUUCUCCUUCCUUCAUCAACGGUGGCUGCAUUUCACCGUUAAUUUCUCCCCAUCUCUUUCACAGAUCAAGCUCAUUUUGGGACUUGGGCGGCAUUUUGGAGCUGAGAGAACUCCGACCAGCAGCUUUUGCAACCUGUGGAGUGCAAAGGUGAACAUUCCGACCAGCUCGUGGAACUCCAAUCCUCUUCUCCGAUCUGCUCUUCGAUCUGCAAGUUUUUAUGGAUGACAGUACGCAAUUUUGCUUAUUACAAUUACUUGUACAUGCGGAAGACGAUGAGAUUGAGGCUAUUACUGCAAUAAUAUCCAAUUACUCAACAACUUUAUUGAAAGAGCCUUGUAGAACCAGUUCGCAAUCAGGUCAUGCAUGGGUGCAAGAAAUUUUGCAAGGGCAUCCUCAACGUUGUUAUGAUAUGUUUCGUAUGGAAAAAGAUAUUUUUCUUCAACUUUAUGACGAACUAGUGCAACAUGGCCUACGUCCAACCAGAAGAAUAGGGAUUCAUGAAAUGGUUAGUAUGUUCCUAAAUAUUGUUGGACAUAGAGUGGGGAAUAGGAUGGCACAAGAACGAUUUCAACAUUCAGCAGAGACUGUUCACAGGCAUUUUAGAAAUGUAUUGCAUGCUUGUGAGAAGCUAGCAAAGGAAUAUAUCCAACCAAAAGAUCGCACUUUUCAAGAUAUUCAUCCAAAAAAUUUAGGUGAUCUACGAUAUUGGCCAUUCUUUAAAGAUGCCAUAGGAGCAAUUGAUGGCACACAUAUCCCGUGUGUGGUUAGUGUUGAAGAGCAAGGGAAAUAUAUUGGAAGGAAAGGUAUUCCAACACAAAAUAUAAUGGCCGCAUGUGAUUGGGAUACGUGCUUCACUUAUGUCAUGGCUGGAUGGGAAGGGAUUGCUCAUGAUGCUCGUUUGUUUGACUAUGCUCUCACAAGGCCGGACAUGAAAUUUCCACAUCCACCCCAAGGUAAAUAUUAUUUGUUAGAUGCUGGCUAUCCAACUCCACGUAGAUAUUUAGGUCCUUAUAGAUCUCAUAGGUACCACUUCCCAGAUUUCAGGCGUUCAUCUGGAUUUGCAAAUAAUAAUGAGAUUUUUAAUUAUUAUCAUUCAAGUUUAAGGACUACGAUUGAAAGGACUUUUGGGGUUUGAAAACAUAGAUUCGCAAUCUUACAACAUAUGCCUAGCUAUCCAUUUGUGCAGCAGGUUCGUAUUGUUAGUGCAACAAUGGCUAUACAUAAUUUUAUUAGAAGAAAAUCUGUAACUGAUUCUGACUUCAGGCAUUUUGAGGAUGAAAAUAUGGUUAACACUAUUGAUGAUACUGAUGAGCCUGCAUUUUCAACAACAAUUCCAAGUGCAAUUUCAAGCAUAGCUUCUGAUAGAGAAAUGAAUAAGGUUCGAGAUUUUAUUAGAGAUCAGAUUGUAUAUUAUAGAUUGAACCAUUAAUCAUGUAACUAUUCAAUAUUAAUGAAUUUUUAACUAUUUAUUACAUAA